AUGCAGGCAAAUCCCGCCGAAGUCCGUCAAGAUCUGGCAAAUGUGCUCUCGCUCAGCGUCCAGUACAUCACAAUGGUGUUCUUGAUCCUCGCCAGCUUUACUGCGCUCUAUGCCAUCAACAGCCGGGGUCGUAUCGAGGGGCUGAACCUGUUCGAGAUGAACCGAACAUUUGGACUUGUCUGGGUCGGGCGGCCGUUCCUACUGAUUCGGUCGCUCUCGGCCAUGAUCAUUUUGCACACCAACGUGCUCAAUAUUUCUCAAAUUGGGGCGUAUACCGUGUUUACGUCGCCGACUAUUUUGUGGUACAACUUGGUGCUGGCCGCGGGCGAGCUCAACUGGCUCAUUUUCGUCCUCAACGACAGCUUUAGCUUUAUCUCGCAAGAGUUUACUUCGACGUAUGCGCUCCUGAGCUCGCUCUCGACGUGGUUCAUCAUGAUUGUCUGGACCGCGCUCGAGCCCUGCGAGCACGUGGCCUACACGGACCGCCACUGCACCGCGAUCGACAUGGACUUUGGCUUGCACUGCCACAGUGCGUUUGUUGAAGUGGGCUUUGUCCACCGCAUUGGCCUCUCCGUUCUCAUUUGCGUGCUUGCAAUCGUCCUGUGCUUUUUGCUUGAAAAAUAUGUGCUCAAGAGCGGCUUGUCGAUGGACGUGCCGUCGCUGCUGCUCUCGGCGCCGGCCAAAUACAUGCUCGUUCUCGACGACUGGUCGCACAAAGGCGUGCUCUUUGUCGACAAACCGUCGGCGCUCAUGGCCGGCAUCAUCUCGAUCGAGCACGCCGGGGGGCUCUACCUCUUUGAUAUCAAAAAAUGGCGCAUGUACGUCCUGCACCGCGCGCCCCUCGACCGUGAGACGCCCAGCCGCUUCUUCCACGCGAUUCCGAUGCUUGAAUAGAGCACGGGAAACGGUCGCCGCGUUAGUUUGUACAUUAUGUACCAUUUGUAGGCAUACUGAAGUGAUUUAUUAUACACACUAUUCUUGUA